AUGUUUCGCGUUGAUGUCUAUCCCUGCGAUCGACCGCUGGAGACGCAAGCCGACGGCACAACCUUGCAACCGGCAGAGACUUUGUUCGCGUGCUUGGGUACCAGUAUCCAUCUAGCUUCAAACAGCGAUUCGGGACGGCUCCUGACGAUCGGACGAAAGAAAGGUGAUGUCCUGUUUCCGCAAGACAAAUCCGUGUCUCGUGAGCACUGUCUUUUUCGACUAAUUUGCUCCCAAGCAAUCAAAGAUACGAUCAUCGAGACGGCCGGUACUACUGGUACUCCUGAAGACAAGACGGAUGAACAGAAAGCCAGAUUCGCUGCGAGUCCCCGGAACAUGGAAGAAACCAAAGCUUGCCAAGCAGCAGACGACGGCACGUGCCUCGUAGUGGAAGGCAUUGGCAAAUUGGGUACCUAUCUGGUAGUGGAACCAGCAUUGCUGGAGGUGGAAACGCUGUCUCCUUCUAAGCGCGUUGAUUCUAAAAGCAGUGAUUCGGACGAGACGGACGACGAAGACGCCAUCGGCUCGAGUCUAGAGAAUGCAUCGCAGCUCAUAGGCUCUUUGGCACUCCCGCUAUCUCCCGUGGCGGCUCACCUGUCCUCGCCCAAAGCUACGUUGGAAAUGAUUGGUGCCAACGAAACACGAGUGUUGGAAAAUCUGUCGAUAUUACUCACAGAAAACACAUUGUCGACGCCGCACCGUGUCAUAUUGCAAUGCGGAAAAUUGGGAUCCACCGUGGUGAUUACACGGCAACCCCUACGAGUCUUACGAGCGAGUAGCGGAAAACUAGCCAAGCCGGAAGCGCUCUCGGUCGAGCAACAACAGCUUUACGGAGUGCAAGACGUAACUAAGUUGGAUGACACCGUCACACACGUGGUCACACCCCAACGCUAUCCCAGUCCCAAACAGCUUGCCGCCUGGAGUAGAGGAAUCACAGCGGUGACACGCGCGUAUGUCGAAGCCAUCAUGAAUCGAACGUCGCACCGUGAUGCCUGGCCAGAGGUGACUACCUUUGCCCCAAAAGCCGACCAGAGUAAGUUUUGGAACAAUGUGGCUAGUUCGACUCUUUGGCCGCGUACGGUCUUAUUGUCCGUCAAGGAUGAUGACUUCACCUUGCUGGCACGGAGUGGUGGUGCCACUAUAAUACCCCUGUACGACUUGGAUAGCGUCUCGACCGCACUGGCUCGGGCCAAUGAAGUUUGGAACGAUCCCGCCGUUAGGCCUGGUUGCUUUGUGGUAACCGAGAGUCGCCACCGCGAGUUGUCCAAAACAUUCGCCGACGAUUGGGGUGUGCCGCGAGUAUCGGCACGGCAAAUGGCCAAGGCUUUAACGACACAGCAACCUUUGAAAGACGGCAAUGGUCGUGUAUUGGACGGGGACACACGGUCUCUUCGAAUUUCGCUGCCAUCGAGAUUGACGCACGUCACGUCCGUGCCAUCCCAAAGUAUUUUCGGGAACGCUUCCGUAACUACCGCGAGCAAGAGUCAAACGACGAAGUCGAACGAGAGCGCUGCUGUUCUUACACCUUUAGCAAAUAACAAGCAUACAAAGGAACCAGGCUUCUCGUCGGAUAUUGCCAUUGACGCUUACAGCUCAGGAGAACGAGUAACAUCGGAGGCGUUGGAAAAGGAUAGCCCCGAACCCCCUCCGAAAAGACUGCGGAGUUCACCGGACGUCACAGCCAUCUCGGACGAAGAUGUUGCACUUAACCGGGGCGACGGAGUCUCAAGCACAGUUCCAAAAUCUACAACUACGAGCGAUAAUGAGUCAAAUACACCAGAAGAAUCGAACAAGGCUAACAAACAGUAUCGUGUGGAACUAAAAAAAUGUGACGCAAUCGAGAACCCCAUUCCUGACGAUUGCAAGUCUCGAAUGUCUCUUGAACAGAUAUCGACUGGCUGGUUUGUAGCAGCACCUUCUGGUAGCAAGCGGAAGGCAUACGUCCGAGCCAAGGACGAAAUACUAGAAAAGACUGGUUACGAGGAAUGGAUUGAAGUUGCCACAACCGAAACAUGCAAGGGUUUGAUUGUCCCAGCGUCUACUACGACAUUUUCACACUACAACGCUCAAGACAAAGGAACAGGCGGUCCUAACUUCAAGACAUUCCGUAAAAACAGCAUCCAUACCCUCAAGAUGCUGCCGCAGAUUCGACUGCGUUCCGUGCUGCCGAAGGAGUCGGACCAUUCUCGACAUCAAGAAGAGCAAUUGCAAGCGUUGAAGCAUCAGCAACGCAAAGCUGACGAGCUAUUUCGGGAUCCAACACGCAGCGGGAUCCAACACGCAGCGCUGGAGCACGCCGUGUCCGUUGAAUCAAUGUUCGUUGACACGCUUCCUACGUAG